AUGCUUUCGGCAUCACGCAGAAUCAGUACUCUCCAGUCUCCUCCUUUAAAUUGUGGACAAGGAAGUGAAAUUGAAUCGCAAACUUCAGUCGAAAAGGAUGGAGUAGAGCUGAUUGAAGAUGAAAACAAGAAGACAAAUGCAGAAACAGAAAAGAAUUACCAAGAUAGCGAAGAAACUGAUAAAAAGACAGAACUAUUAUAUACUGACUUGCACAAAAAUCUGACGCCCUUCGGUGUAAAGCCCAGCGAAGGUGUUCUGCUUCCUGGAGAGUCCACAACGAUAGAAGUCUCGUUCCAGCCUCUGGAGGCGAAAGCUCUUAGCGCAACAUUAUUUGCCCUCAUCACCAAUUCUACCUUAUCUUCUCAGCCAACAAGCUCUUCUGAUGAGUCGGCUUCGCCUAGUAUGCAGGUUUCACAGAUGGAGCUGCCAAAUAACACACUUAUGGGACUACCUUCGUCACCAAAGACUGGCUUUGCCACAGUUGCAUGUAAACUUCCCGUCACUGGACUAGCACGCAGCCCCUUGGUUCACUUCGAGCUGGCUGAGUCUGACUAUUUGGCUCAAGGCAGACGCAACCAACAGAAUUUGCCGGGUCCUGGUCUUUUAGAUCCAACGCAUGAUCCAGAAACGCGCAUAAUUGAGUUUGAAGCUGUUGGGAUGGGUGUUAAAGUGAUCCGGUGA